CCCUCGUCCAAUAUUCUCCGAAUCUUCACGGUGUCCAUCUCGAUCGCUGCCUCCACGCAUCAUAGUACAAUUAAGGCGAUAAUAUAAUUUGUAGCAGGUGAUUCACCUGCCAGAUUGAUUAUCCGUGCUCCGCGGCUAGUUACGGUACGUCGAGAUCUGAUGGAUGUAAGUUGAUCCGACCUUCGCGUUGUAUCUGUUAUUAAAGCCCAAAUAUUCCAUUCGUUCAUUCAAACUGAUCCAACUUCCUCAUGGGUACCGUGGAUACUACUUUUGGAGCGUUCUUGAUCGGGGUUGUAGUCUCUGCCACGCUCUACGGAGUUACUUGUAUGCAGACAUGGUACUACUUUAGCCGGUAUGUCUCGGAUCCUUGGUACAACAAAUUUUGUGUCGGCGCUAUAUUUCUAUCAGACUCGAUCCAUCAAGUUCUCAUUACACACACGGUGUAUACGUACCUUGUCGUUGACUUUGCCAACGCUACUGAUCUCAAGAAACUUGUGUGGAGUCUAGCUGUUGAAGUCGUGUUCAAUGGCUUCACGGCGUUGGUGGUUCAAAGCUUCCUCACCAUACGUGUCUACCGACUAAGCAACAAGAACAUAAUUGCAACCGCGUCAGUGCUGUCCCUCGUCAUCACUGAAUUUAUCCUUGUUAUCAUAUAUUUUUCAAAAGCUAUCCACUUGACGACCCUCAGUCAAAUUCCCCAGCUCAAGCCAUGGUCAAUGUCUACGAAUGCCAUAGCAGCUUCCGGAGAUGUCCUUAUCAGUGUCUUCCUCUGCACAUUCCUCAAACGGUCUCGCACUGGUUUCCGUCAGUCCGAUACCUUGAUCAAUAAGCUGAUGCUAUUCAGCGUCAGCACCGGUCUACUUACCAGUGUUUGCGCGGUCAUGUCCCUCAUUUCUAUCACAGCGUGGCCUAAUACCUUCAUUUACGUCGCGUUCUAUUUCUGCUUGGGUCGUCUUUACUGUAAUUCUCUACUGGCAACCCUCAACACACGCAAAGGUAUGCGCCAAGAUUCUUCUGAAGAGCACACGUCAGUCUCGCUACAUGGAGUUCGAAGACCUAUGAAUAAUCCCAUCAGCUCAUCGCGAAUUGGAAUGCCGAACGACCUGUCAAUUAAGAUAGACACCACGCAAGAAUACGUUGAAGACGAGUUUCUAUCCACAAAGGAUUUCAAAGGACCGAGUCAGUUUAACUGAUAUGCGGAUGAAAAUCACAAAAUAUACCUAUCUCACUAGCUCUUUUUCUUAAAACGAUAAGAAAGUUGUGCCUUUGACAGCGUGCAAAUUUAUUUGGUGGUAUAUUCUUCACAUAUAUUUCGUUCCCAUUCAUUAAAGCAACUUUGCAUACCCGACAGUCUUCACUUAUCCUAGUCACAUAUAGCUACGAAAGUCACGCUUUACAGAAUAUAUUUGAUUCAGUACGAAGAAUGAGAAAUCAUGUACUUGGACUCAAUGCUACUAUUGGCGCUUAUGCAGGAUUGAUUUG